ACUACACUCGUGCCAAAUCAAGUUGGAGCUGGUGGCAAUUACCAACGGUUGGAUGCAAACAAUUCCAAUAGGUUUUGGAGUUAACAUCUCUCUCACAAAUCUCUUUCCACAACCAUCACAAAAAUCACAAUCUAUCUUGCCAUCGCAUCGAACAAGCACAACCCUUCAACUCCUUCCCUUCAACUCCUACCGUACCUGGUACCUACAAAUAUCAACAGCAAGAUGAGUCCUCGUGCAGAGCAAUUGAAAGUUCCUGAAGAUGAGUCCAUCGAAGUGACGAAAGAAGAAGUGCUGUACUCGCUGGAGGCAGGUCAAGGCAACAGCAAGCCAGAGGCGCCAUUGACGUUCUUUGGCUUUUUGUGGAAUAAACUUUGCUGCAAAUUCGUGCUUCCUAUCUUGGUGUUGAUUGGAAUCAUCGCGGCAGUCAUGACGGCAUUGGGCAUUCAACCUUCCAAGGACCAGAUCCCCUUUGCAGACUUUAUCUUCUCGAGGGACGGAUGGGAAGGACUCGAUGCUGAAGACUUACCAAGAUGGAACAACCGAGGAUCAGGAAUACUCAAGUUGGAAAUGCUCAACGCCCUGGAAGAUCACUGGGAGCCUUACUUUACACAGUCCAUUGACGAGUGGAACACGGGAGAUCCAGACGUCGUCGAGCUAUCGGUUACCAAGGUACCCGCCGAUUCGGGAUGCGACUUUAUUCGUGGAAAGUUUGCGGUUUGCGCAGGGGACUAUGGCGAUACAUCCUUCCACGGCGUCAACGAAAUCUUGGUCUACGGGGACUCCAUCACCGCUAGCGUGGCCAAGUUGAACGAGUACUACCUCGCCAAAGCUACCGAAGCACGCAAGCAGUACACUAUGUGUCAUGAAAUUGGUCAUGGGUUUGGAUUGCCUCACUCGGAUGAGAGGUUUUACAAUGUCAAUCUAGGUAACUGCAUGGACUAUACAGACAGACCAUGGACAAACACCGCUCCCGACACACAAACCUUCGAACUGCUGCAACAAAUCUACGGUGCCUCUCAAACACCAAAUAGUAAUCAGGCCAACGCUGGCAAUGUCAUUUCGUCUGCAAGUGGCAACUCCAACCUGCGAGGGGACCAAAACGACAAUGAUGGUAGUAUUCUCACUUCCAUUCCAGACUCUAUACGGCAACGGGCCAAAGAUGCAGCAUACAAUCUCGAACGAAAGUUUGCGGACGGGGACAAUGACGAAGAUUGGGUUCAGCUCCACAGAGACGAUGCCACUGCGGCCUUUCAGAUUGAUCUGGGAGAUGGAUUCUCCCUUCAGGCACACUUCUUGUUGGACAACUGAGAAACUCUAGAAUGGCACCGGUAAAAAGGUAGGCAGGGACAUGCAAUGGUUAGAAGUAAGAAACUAUGGAUGUACAGGCAACACAGGAUACGAGCACGGAGUUGACUUUUGCUACUAGCAUCUUAACCACGUUAAUUUUGUAUUACAUUAAAGGACAUUAAGUUUAGAGAUCAUGUAAUUACUAUUC